UAUUAGAUCCCGAAACCUUCGAUAUCGUCUACUCCAGCACACCCCAAAGCAAGUCAUUAAAAAAAAUAGAAAAAGAAAAAAAAUCAAAUAUAUAUAUAUCUCCGCCGAUCUCGUCUCAAAUGCCGUUGCCCUAGGGUUUUGCAAAUGCCGACGGUCUCCCGAUCGGCCUCCGGAGAUCGCCGAGACGGCUACGGCCGAGUGGUUCACUGCAACGACCCAGGGUCCUCCGAUGCGCUGGCGCUAGGUUAUUGCGGCAAUGCGGUGUCGACGACCAAGUACACCGUCGCCAAUUUCGUCCCCAAAUCCCUCUUCGAGCAGUUCCGGCGGGUCGCCAAUCUCUUCUUCCUCGUCGUCGCCUGCAUCUCCUUCAGCCCUUUGGCGCCGUACCGUGCUGUUAGUGUUCUUUUGCCGCUCGUUGUUGUUGUGGGGGCCACCAUGGCCAAGGAAGCCCUCGAGGACUGGCGAAGAAAGCAGCAGGAUAUAGAGGUGAACAAUCGAAAGGUCAAAGUAUAUGAUGGCAAUCAUGCUUUUCACGAAACUGAAUGGAAGAAACUUAGGGUAGGAGAUAUUGUUGAGGUGGCAAAGGAUGAGUUUUUCCCUGCCGAUCUGCUUUUGCUUUCUUCAAGCAAUGAUGGCGAUGUUUGUUAUGUAGAAACGAUGAACCUUGACGGAGAGACAAAUUUGAAACGCAAGCAAUGUUUGAAGACAAGUUGUGAUUUCCAUACUGCAAACUCCUUCAAAACAUUUAAGGCAUUGAUCAAAUGUGAGGAUCCUAAUGAGAAGCUGUAUUCCUUUAUAGGGACUCUUUAUCAUGAAGGUAUGCAAUAUCCUCUCUCACCACAAAUGAUUCUUUUGAGAGAUUCUAAACUUAGAAACACUCAGCAUAUCUAUGGGGUGGUGAUUUUCACUGGACAUGACACGAAAGUCGUGCAGAAUGCGACAGAUCCUCCUUCAAAGAGGAGUGCAGUUGAAAAGAGAAUGGAUAAGAUCAUUUAUGUCCUUUUUAUUUCUUUGGUUUUACUCUCUUCCAGUGGAUCCGUUGUCUUUGGAAUCAAAACUAAAAGAGAUAUUAGUGACGGGAAGGCAAAUAGAUGGUAUUUAAGGCCGGAUGAUUCAUCUAUUUUCUUUGAUCCAAGAAGAGCAAGUUUUGCUGCUGCGUUUCACUUUUUAACAGGUUUAAUGCUAUAUGGCUGCUUGAUCCCAAUUUCAUUGUACAUAUCGAUAGAAAUUGUAAAGAUUUUACAAAGUACCUUCAUUAACCAAGACCAGGAAAUGUACUCUGAGGAAUUUGAUCAGCCUGCACGUGCUCGCACAUCAAAUUUGAAUGAAGAACUUGGUCAAGUAAAUACUAUAUUAUCAGAUAAGACUGGUACAUUAACAUGCAAUUCAAUGGAGUUCGUGAAAUGUUCCAUUGCUGGUGUGGAUUAUGGCAGUGAAUAUACUGAAGUGGAGAAGGCUGUGGUAAGAGGAGCAGACGAUGGCAUAUGGGAAUUCAAUAAUGCACCAGCUACUUUAAAGGGACAUCUAGAUGUCGCGGCUAGAAAGUUAGUCAAAGGCUUCAAUUUUACAGAUGACAGGUUGAUGCAGGGAAAGUGGGUUAAAGAACAUCAUCCAGAUGUUAUGCAAAUAUUCUUCCGUGUGUUAGCGAUCUGCCAUACUGCAAUUCCUGUGCUGAACAAUAAGUCUGAUGAAGUUUCAUAUGAAGCGGAGUCCCCAGAUGAGUCGGCUUUCGUCGUAGCUGCAAGGGAAAUUGGGUUUGAAUUUUAUCGAAAAACCCAUGCGAGCAUCUCUUUGCAUGAAUUUGAUCCAAGUAUUGGCAGAAAGGUUGACAGGACGUAUCAACUUCUCAAUGUACUAGAGUUUAGUAGUAGCCGAAAGCGAAUGUCUGUAAUUGUUAGGACUGAGGAGAACCAAUUAAUGAUAUUCUGCAAGGGUGCUGACAGUGUAAUCUUUGGCAAGCUUGAUAAGGAAGUACAACUACAACCCUUUGAGUCUGCGACCAAAUCCCACAUUAGUAAAUAUUCUGAGUCUGGUUUGCGAACAAUGGCCAUUGCAUACCGCAUACUCAGUGAAGAAGAAUACAGAAUAUGGAAUGAUGAAUUCUCUAUGGCACGCAAUUCUGUUGGUGCUGAUCAUGAUACACUGGUAGAGGUUGCAUCUGAGAAAAUUGAACGGGAUCUGAUCCUUAUAGGCGCAACAGCUGUCGAGGAUAGAUUACAGAAGGGGGUUCCUGAAUGUAUUGACAAACUUCAACAAGCUGGAAUAAAAAUCUGGGUUUUGACUGGUGAUAAACUGGAAACUGCAGUCAAUAUCGGGUUUGCAUGUCAUUUGCUAAAGAAAGGAAUGAAGCAAAUCAUUAUCACACUGGAUGCAUUGGAUAUUGAAGCCUCAAAGAAAAAAGACAAGAAAUAUGUUGAGAAGGCUUCACAGGAAUGGAUCACAAGCCAAUUAUGCGCAGCACAAUUUCAAGUUCGAUCGUCAAAUGGAAGUUCUACGCCCUAUGCCCUUAUUAUUGACGGGAACGCUCUGGCUUUUGCUCUUUCAAGUAGUCUGGAGAAACCAUUUCUUGAUCUGGCAGUUUAUUGUGCAUCUGUUAUCUGUUGUCGAACUUCUCCUAAACAGAAAGCAUUGGUUACUAGAUUGGUGAAAAGGAAGACGAGAAGAACAACACUAGCAAUUGGUGAUGGGGCAAAUGAUGUUGGCAUGCUUCAAGAGGCCGACAUUGGGAUUGGUAUUAGUGGAGCUGAGGGAAUGCAGGCUGUGAUGUCAAGUGAUUUUGCAAUAGCUCAAUUCCGAUUCUUGGAGCGUUUGCUGCUUGUGCAUGGGCAUUGGUGUUACAGACGUAUUUCAGCCAUGAUAUGCUACUUUUUCUACAAGAACAUAACAUUCGGCUUCACCCUCUUCUGCUUUGAGGCUCAUACAUCUUUCUCAGCACUACCUGCAUACAACGACUGGUUCAUAUCCUUCUAUAACAUUGCCUUUACAUCAUUUCCGGUGAUUGCUCUUGGCGUCUUUGACAAAGACUUGUCCUCACGUCUUUGCCUCAAGUUCCCAAUACUACACCAGGAUGGUGUGCACAAUGUUUUCUUUAGCUGGUUGCGGAUACUUCGUUGGAUGAUCAACGGAGUCUUGAGUUCUGUCAUAAUCUUCUACUUGACGAGCAACUCGAUCCUUGAUCAGGCUUUCAGAAAUGAUGGUCGAGUGGCAGGAAUUGAUCUCCUCGGUGUCACAAUGUAUGGCUGUGUUGUUUGGACAGUGAACUGCCAAAUGGCUCUUUAUCUCAGUUAUUUCACAUGGAUUCAGCACCUUGUUAUCUGGGUUAGCAUUGGUUUCUGGUAUGUAUUUGCGGUGAUUUAUGGGCUAUUGCCUCCGUUUGUAUCCACAACAGCAUAUAUGGUGUUUCUUGAAGUUGGUGCCUCGAGCCCUCAAUAUUGGCUUACCACUCUCCUGGCCGUCAUCUCGGCUCUUUUCCCAUAUUUUCUUUAUUCGGUUGUUCAAACAUUAUUCUUUCCAAAGUACCAUGAUCUUGUUCAAAGAAAACAUUCGACAGACUGAGUGAACUGAGGGGCCUCUCAUUUUUGCUGAAAGUUUGGUGAUGAAGCGAUAUUUACAUAAGUGAAUGACUCAUUCAUAUUGCUAAAAACUCUGAUUGUAUAGAAAAUUAUUACAAAGAUUGCUUUCUGUAUCAGAACAUUGGAGGAAUUUAAGCAUCAAAAUCUAAUACAUGUUCAAUUUAAUUC